AUGUUUAUAUUCCCAAAUGGUGGUUAUGUCUAUGUGUCCAUAUACAGUAUUGCGGUAUCAAAUGGAGUUGAGGAAUACCAGAUUUCGUUUCGCGGAUACAAAUUUGAGUUAUUCCCUUUGCGUGUGAUAAUGAGAUAUGCUACCCUAGUCAGAGUCCUUAUUAGAUUGCCUAGGCCUGCUCCAGAAAAGUACUGGAUCGCAUCGAAGUUCAUUACUGGAAGUGUGGAGGAGAUAUUGAGGCUUGCCAAAUCUUCCAAAACACAAAACACGCUCUAUACCUAUCCUUUCUUGUAA